GCCUUAUUGAUCACGGUGUACCCUAUGCCAGAUCGGGUCCGUCAGUCCCUAACUCACCGGGGCCCUAAACAUUGGGUAGUGUAAAUCCCGCAUGAUUGAUAUUGACAGUUUUGACAGUGACAAACGAUCAGUAAUUUCCACUGUCUUAGUAAUCUUUGCUGGUGGCCAAAACUCUUGCGGAAUUGUGGUAUAAAUUUAUAUCUGUUAUUUCUGAAUUUUGUAAAGAAUUCAACCAUUUUAGCACUUAAACUUUCACUGUGUACCGUUGAUUAUUUACUCAGUUUUCAGUUCAAGAAUGGCGGGUAACGAUAACCAGGAUAUACCUAUGGCUAACAAUGAAGCGGACGAAGUACCGAAAGGUGACGGACCAGCUAAUAAAACAGGGAACAGGGAAGUUUCUCCCCCGCCGGCUGCAACCCCACCCUCAGUCGCUGAGGACACGCAAGAACUGAUCGUUGUUAACGAGAACACUGAGGAAUUGGACUUGAACCAUGGCAGAAUCGGAAAGAUCGAAAACUUAGAACCACUAAGGAAAUUGGAAAGGUUGUACUUGAGAUGGAAUCUUAUAAAAAAAAUUGAAGGCCUUGAUACAUUAAGCACUCUUGUCGAAUUGGAGUUAUAUGACAACCAAAUUGUUGUUAUUGAAAACUUGAACAAUCUUGUCAAUCUUCAGACUCUGGACUUAUCUUUUAACAGAAUUAAAGAGAUCACAGGACUGGAGAACCUGCUAAAUCUCAAGAAGUUGUUCCUUAGUUCUAAUAAAAUUGCUGAGAUAAAAAACAUCAACCACUUGCCCAAGCUAGAGCUACUGGAGUUGGGUGAUAAUAGAUUGAGGGAAAUUAAGAAUCUUGAGGGUCUUUCAACCCUCAAGCAGCUGUAUUUAGGCAAAAACAAAAUAUCCCAAAUACAAAAUGUAGAUGAUCUUACCAACCUUGAAAUUCUUGUUCUACAAAGCAAUCGCCUCAGUAAGAUUGAAAAUUUGGAACAACUGACUAACUUGGAACAAUUGUAUUUAUCAGAAAAUGGUAUUACAACUAUAGAAAACUUGGGAAGCCAGGGCAAACUACAAACCCUGGAUAUGGCAAAGAACAGAAUCACAGUUAUAGAAAAUGUGAGGCAUAUAAGUACUUUGGAAGAAUUAUGGUUGAAUGACAACCAGAUAGCGGAUUGGUCUUCAAUAGACUAUCUACAGGAGAACAAGAAACUAGCGACUAUAUACUUAGAGCGGAACCCGUUGGCUUCAGACCCAGCGUACCGACGGAAACUGAAACUCACACUACCGUGGCUGCAGCAGAUCGAUGCCACCUUGUGUAGAUAAGAAUUUCUUAUUUUCGUACUGUAGUUAGUUUAAUAUGUGGAAUUGGACUUGUUACAUUAUUACAUGCAAUCAAAAUAUAUUAUUUAAUUUUCAAUUCAAAAUUUGUCGAUUAUUGGAUUAGGAAGUCAUAAUAAAUUGGUAAUCACAAAAUAUUGCAGCAUCUAUAAGUAUUUGGGAUUGUUUUUAUUGUUAUUUGAUAUGUAGCUCAGAAAAUCUCAUUAAAAAUGUUAGUUCAUUCUACAGAAAAGCUGUCCAAUUUCGCAUACUCCAGUACUUGACUAUGUAGAGAUUACAAUGGUAUUAAGGUAUUUUGAUUUAUUGGUUGAAUAACAAGAGCAGGUGUUGUUACACAGGCUUUAUAGCAUUGAUUUGACUUAAAGUACACAAAUCACAUAACCAGAGAAGAUUUUGCAUUUACUUCAUACUGUAUUUGUAUUCUAGAAAAUAUUUGUGUAAAUGUUGGUGGAUGUGCGUCCUCUCUAAACAUAUCUUUAAAUGUACUUGUUGGCUUCAUUUGCACAGCACUUCUCGAAAAUAAUAUACCUACAAUGGAAGAGAGUCCAUUGAAGCUACAGUUGCCAAAUAGAAAGUAUUUCCUUAUAAUAUAAACAUUACUUGUGUAUUGCGUAGCAUUUAGCAUUGAUAAUAUUUGGUGUAUAUUUUUAUUCUUUAAUUUAGCCAGUUUUUAUGUAGUGGUAUUGUGUUGUAGUGAUGUUUUGUCCAUAUUGAAUAAGUAUUAUAAUAGCGUAUUAUUUGACAAUGUCUAAAAAAACCACUGAUCCAAAAAAAAAAAUGUGGAUUCAUCAAUCUGUUGUAUAUUUCAGUAAAAAAACUAAUUCAAAAAUUAAAUAUUCUGAUUCUGUUGUAUAUUUCAGUAAAAAAACUAAUUCAAAAAUUAAAUAACUCUGGACAGUAUGGCGUGCCACUGGUUGUUUAUUUUCGUCCAUUGGGACAGGCGAAGGUACUAAGCCAUACUGCCAAGUCUUACGUUGCGUGCCACUGGUAUUUGACGUCAAACGACUGUCAUUAAAACGUCAAACGAUACAAGUAAUGUCACUUUGACCGGAAGCUGCGACGUCAUUUUUGUCUCGCAAUACCAGACGUUUUCGGUUACGUGACCAUAGAAAAAAAAUCUUUUUAUUUAAAUGAAUUUAAAAAAAAAACAUUUUAUUUAAAUGUAAGAAAGAAUAGAUAAAAUCUCUGCUAAUAUUCAUAUUAAAUACAGAUUUAUUUACUAUAGGCACACUAGCAGAAUACAGUUUUAUAGUACUCCUUUGAAUGUGUACACAACAUGAUUAAAAUUACUGAACAGUUGCCAAUAAUUGGUACUUAAUUUUUCAUAUUGUCAAAUACUCUAUUGUCAAUGUUACAAUUUAAGCAAUAUAAUCUGCAGCUAUUCUAUGUUAUUUAUCUUCUUUUUAUCUUUUUGAUCAUUUAUUCAAAAAAGAGGACAAAUACUUAAACGUUGGAAAAUAUACAAUCAUAAGUCGUCCAUCCUGCAUAUACAAUAAACUAUGGUUGUAUUGUAAAUUACAAAAGUGUUUAAAAUAUUCCUACACAAGAGUGCGUUAAACUAUGUUAUUUGUCGUUCUAACGUUAAUUAAAUGUGAAUCCGCCCCUUAAUUUUAAUUUAUAUCAUACAGAAUUUAUGUAUGUAUACGUAUUUAAAUCCAAACUAAAGGACUGGAACAUAACUAAUAAGCAAACAAAGUGCCUAUUUCUAAGGAAAUUGUCAAAGAAUUGAGAAUACAAUACUUACUGGAACAUAUUAAGUAAUUAAAUUUUUAUCAUUAUGGUUGUCAAUAUUUGUAUAGCUGUUGUUUUGUAUACAUUGUAGCAUUAUUGAAAUGAAAUGAUACUUUAUUCAAAUUGACUUGUUGAGAGCUCUUUUGAGUUGUCCAAUAUGUUUUCCUACCGGGUGGUAGGAAAUAGGAAGGAAAAUGUCGGACAGAGUUCGCUUCCGCGUACGAUAAAAGACGCUUAAUAUGAAAGUUAAGGUCUAGAACCUUUUUAUUUUUCUUUAGUAUUUAAGAUAUAAAAGUCCCAGGUGGUGGUUAGACCAGUAUUUUACCCGCUGUAACAACUAUCUUAAUAUCACUUGACUCCACUUACACUUAAGGAUGACUCACCGUGGCGUGCCCGAGCCGAGCAUCGGCCCCAAACAAUGAGGGCUAUCGCGUAUGUAUCCGCCGCUAGAAGCGCUAGUCUAGCGUGAGGUCUCCGACAUGUCAAAUGUUAUUGCUUGUAGGUUGACUACGCGGGUUUAUUUCUAAUUAAAAUAACAUUGUGAAUAUUUGGUAAUGACUCGGCUUAAUUAUGGCAAAUAUGACUUACAUGGCAAUGAAUGUCAGAUUAUAUUAUACUAGCGAUCUACACCGCCGUCUCUCCCACUUCUAAUCCUCUCCAUCCAAAGGUUGCCUGGAAGAGAUCGCUUUAAGCGAUGAGGCCGCCUAUUGCAUCACCUGUCCUAAAUGUGUUUGUGCUUAAUGUUCAAUGUUUUUCGUGAUGUUUAAUAAAGAGUUUUUGUAUUGUAUUGAAUGACAGUUUUUUAAGGCGCUUUGCAGACGACGCGACGGGGCGGGGCGGGCUUUUUGUCCGUGAAUCAAUAAAAACCGCGUCUGCCCGUCGAUGUCUGCGGCUGUCCUCGCCGCGUCACAAAGCACACGACGGGCAGAGGCAGACAGUUCAGGACGUUCGUUCUAGUGUAUAGUCCAUCACUAAAAAGCGCGUGGCGCGGACUGAGCUAGCCGCCCCGCGCCGCCGCCGCGCCGUCUGCGUUACUGCAUAUAAACUGGUUUGUAUGAUCCACGGCGGGCCGCUCCGCCCAGCCGUCUGCAAAUCGCCUAAAAGUAGAGCAAACAAAAAUUAUUAUGUCCUCCUUUUUUUCCGAACAAAACGGAACUGCGCAACACUGUGGCAUGGCCGAUUGGACUAAAAAUCAGUACACAUUUGACAAAGACAUUUCGGACUCGCAAACGAUACGAAUUCGAUAUUGGUUCGUGCUAGGGGUACAGGAAGGUGUCCAUUUACUCGAUAAAGAAUGUGUACCGAAACUGCUAUGUGGAAGUUCUCAUUUAAUUACAUGCUCUCGGUAUAGAAUCUGUACAGAUUCGGGACCAAUAUCGAAAUCGUAACGUUUGCGUGUCCGAAAUGUCAUUGUCAAAUGUGUACUGAUUUUUAGUUCUUGUUACGUACUUUGUGCCGCUGCUGUUCAAGUGUCCAUACAAAAUUUGACAUUGACAUUUCGGUUUGCAAACUAUUCGAAUUCGAAUAUGGUUCGUACUAGGGGUACUGAAUUCGAAUAGUUUGCGAGUGCGAAAUGUCAAUGUCAAAUUUUGUAUGGAAAAUUGAACAGCAGCGCCACAAAGUACGUAACGAGAACUAAACAUCAGUACACAUUUGACAAUGACAUUUCGGACACGCAAACUAUUCGAAUUCGAUAAUGGUUCGUGCUAGGGGUACGGAAAUGAAAACGCAGCAAACACGUGUCGAUCCGGUGCGGAAGGCACCUUUCAAUUAAGUCUGGUUAGUGUAGUUAUUUAUUACUAGCUCUGCCCCGCGGUGUUUUAUUAGCGAUAUUUCCCGCAGUAAAACGUAGCCUAUGUGUUAAUCCAGGGUGUCAGGUAACACCACACCAAAUUUUAUUAAAAUAGCUCCAGCCGUUUAGACGUGAAAAAGUAACAAACAUACACACUCACAAACUAUCGCUUUUAAAAUAUUAAUGUGAUAAAUGAAGUACCUAUAUCGUUUAUAUCCUAGUCUCAGUAUUUAAAUUAUUUAUUUAGUAUCUGUAGUUGAUACUUAGUUUGGGUCUAAAUUAUCGAUGUCACUUAACUGGAGUUUAUUAAUGAUAUUCUUUUUUACAUUAAUGAAUGAUUUUAUUUUGAAACGUGAAUGUGGUAUGAGAAUUUGAUGUACCGAUAUUUCCUAUGUUAAUAAAUAAAUUAACCCGAA